AAGAAAUAAGUAUUUCCACUGAAAUUGUCACUGGAAGCUUCUAUUUGAUGAUACAGGUUUACCUAAAAUUAGUCUGUGUUUUCUUCGUGUUAUAUAUGAAAACAUUACGACAUUUCCUAGUUGGUUUUAGUGCGCUCUCCGUGACUCAUGGCGUCGUCCGACUGGUCCAGGAAGGCAACAGGAGAUAAACGACAGGAAUGUUUUUAGCGUGAUGAAAUAUACGGAUGAAGCUCAAGGAAACAAGAGGAUAUCUCCCCAUGAAUGGAUAUAUCGAUCUCCGUUUGCCGUCAUGCAUGCAGCCGGGCUUCUAGCUUGCGUUUUGUCCAUCCCCAGCCCUUGAGACAAUGUGCUACCACUAGCUGGAGGCUCUUCCUCCGCCUAGCCACCGUUUCACCCCUCUGCCCCCAUCAUUCCCAGAGUUCCCUAUGUUAACCCUCUUGAGCAUGUUUUACUACAUAUGUCUGCGGCGGCGCUCCAGGAGCGGGACUCGAGGCGAGGCACUGACCAGUCGGCGUGCUGUAGAAUCCGGCCAGCGGGCGGUGCUGCCGGUCAGUGUGGAGGUGGAGCAAUACGCCAAGGAGGUUCUGGACUUCAGCUCCCACUAUGGCAGUGAGAACAGCAUGUCCUACACCAUGUGGAACCUGGCUGGGGUCCCCAAUGUUUACCCCAGCUCAGGGGACUUCACCCAGACGGCUGUGUUCAGAGCUUAUGGAAAGUGGUGGGAACAGUGUGCCAGUGCUCCCUUACCUUUUCGCCGGACCCCCGACAGCUUCCACAGCCAAGAUUAUAUUGAGCUGGGCUUUGAGGAGCCUGUCUACCCAACAGCAGUGGAGGUGUUUGAGACCUAUUAUCCUGGAGCCAUCGUCCAAAUCCUGGCCUGCUCUCACAACCCAUUCUCUCAGAACCCACCUACUGAUGUCAGGUGGGAAGUGUUGUGGUCAGGAGGGCCCACCAAAGCUCUGACUCCCCAAGCUCGACAGUUCUCCCCAAAAAUCAAGCACAUCAACUUCCCCACCAAUCUGCUUCGCCUGGAGGUCAACAGCUCGCUGCUGGACUACUACACUGAGCUGGAUGCUGUUAUACUUCGAGGGGUGAAAGAGAGGCCCAUGCUUGCACUUUAUAAGAUGCCUCUCAUAGACAUAAGUGACUUAAGCGACAGCGAGGAUGAGCUGUCCGAUGUCGGAGGUCCUUUCAAACAAGGGGGAGAUGGCAAGCAGCAGAGGACUGCCAAUGGCUACUUUGACAAGCUGCCAUACGAGCUCAUCCAGCUGAUUUUGAGCCACCUGACCCUGCCAGACCUCUGCCGUCUGGCCCAGAGCUGCAAGCUGCUGCACCAACACUGCUGCGAUCCACUGCAGUACACCCAGCUGAGUCUGCAGCCAUACUGGGCCCGGCUGAGUGACGCCUCCCUGGGACACCUGCAGAGCCGCUGCACCCUCCUCCAGAGGCUCAACCUGUCCUGGACUGGCAACCGUGGAGCUCUCACCCUGACGGGCUUCAGCAGUUUCAUGAAGGCCCGUGGUCUCAGCCUGGUCUGCCUGGAGUUGUCGUGCUGUCAUUUCCUGAAUGAGCCCUGUCUCGAGAUUAUCUCCCAGUCUUGUCCCAGGCUGCAGGAGCUUAACCUGUCUUCAUGCGAUCGCCUCCACCCGCAGGCCUUUACACACAUCUCCAAACUCAUUCACCUCCGCAGGCUGGUGCUGUACCGUACCAAGAUAGAGCAAACAGCCCUCCUCAGCAUUCUGACCUUCUGCCCUGAGAUGAGACAUCUCAACCUGGGGAGCUGCUUGAGGAUCGAAGACUAUGACGUUGUCGCCAGCAUGUUGGCCACUCGAUGUCGCUCUCUGUGCUCUCUGGACCUGUGGCGCUGCAGGAACCUGACAGAUCGAGGCCUGGCUGAGCUCGUUGCUGGCUGCAGAAUGUUAGAGGAAGUGGACCUGGGUUGGUGUCCUACCCUGCAGAGCAGCACCGGGUGUUUCCAGCAGCUUGCCCGCAGUGUGCCACGACUACGGAAGCUCUUCCUCACAGCCAACCGCACCGUCUGUGACUCGGACAUAGAGGAGCUGGCUAAUUGCUGCCCCUUGCUGCAGCACCUUGACGUUCUCGGUACACGGUUGGUCAGUGCUGUUUCACUCAAGAAACUCCUCCAGGCAUGUCCUCGCCUUGUCCUCCUGGACGUGUCCUUCUGCUCGCAGAUAGACACACGGGUAGUCCAAGAACUCUCCAGUCUUUACCCCAAUGUGGCCAUCAAGAAAAGCUUCACUCAGUGACCCCACCAUCCUCCUGGUUCUCAUGAUGAUCGAGAAGCUCACCAGAAGAUUCUGCUCCAAGAUGAGUCAGAGGCAGGGUCGGAAGCAGGAGGGGGAUCUGACUUUUCCUCUGUCACAGAUGCUAUCUUCUCAGAGUGGUCCGUAAAUGAUGCACCAGGACUUUGUGAGGGAGAUUCUUGGGACUUUCACUGAGUGGACACAAACAGCUGAAGAUUUGUAGUCUUCAGAUUGUAAAACACAAAACCUUCUUUGUUUUUUGUGGCAACUUUGUAUCAGGGUUGUUACAAUGAGACAUCUUCCCAUAAUUUGACACUCCAGGCACAGUUUUAUAUUGCAAUUCAUCAAAAGAAGAGAAACUAUGCCUUGGUAUGAGAAGCAGGAGACGAAGGAGGCAACAUCUCUGCAUGAUCCUGCCUUCUUAGGAGAGCACAGCCUGGUAAAAGUAACUUUUCUUGCAUUUUAGUCUGUUAAAGAUAGAGUUCAGGUGUUUUUAGUGCCUUGUCAGAAUAACUGGUAUGAAGUUCUCAGUUUAAAAACAUACCACUCCUAGUUGGCAAAAAGCAAAACAAUAUUCUAAGCAGUUUUGUGUUGUCUAAAAUAAUGCUCACAUUAUGUUCAUUUGUAACAUAUUUUUAAUAAAAGUCUAAAUUAUUAGGCCCUCAACAAAAUCGGUGAGCAUAAAGUACCUUGUUUUUGCAUUUAGAAGCAAGUUUAGGCAAAGGUUUGUGCCUUUCUGGACCUGAGAUGUUAUGUCUUUUUUUUUUUACUUCACGUAAACGGAUUGCAGUCAUUAUCAAUGUCAAUACAGUAAAUCUCAGAGGGUGAAGUGAGAAAAUUAGGUUAGAGGAACGUCCUAGAGUUAUUUGACUGUUUAUAGCCCUUAUAUGGAAAAGCCCACUGUAAUUUAUAGUGUGGGAGUAAAAGUCAUCCUGGUUUGGACCACAGACAGAUGUUUUUGGUCUUUAUGGUAAGCUCUAUUCUGAGUCAAGAAACAGCAGGCUGCUGGGGAGUUUGGACACGCUGAAACCACUUUCAGAAGAAUAAUAAUGAAUUAUUAUUUUUUUUUAAACACAGGAGUGGUAUGUUUUAAAUUGGCUGUAUAGAUGAGUAUCAUUCUGAUGAGAACUGUUGACAUCCAUCAUACUUCCUGCUUUUAUGUUACCACAGGCUGAAAGGUUAAAUCAGAGGGAGGUUUUAGCGCAGCUUCAUGCAGACGUCACAUGUUUAAUUAAAAAACUUCAUGCUGAAAAUAAGAAGCCAUCAGUGAAAUCCUUGAAAAAGAGAUGGAGUGUAAUGAAAAAUUAUUUUACCCCCUUUUAGAUUUCCUGUUUUUGCAUUUGAAUGUUUCAGAUCAUUAAACUAUUUUUAUUAUCAGAAAUAACCUGAGUAAAUACAAAAUGCAGUUUUCAAAUGUCAACUUUGCUUCUUAAAGAAAAAAACUAUCCAAACCAACCUGGUUCUGUGUGAAACGGUAACUGACCCAUAAAUCACUGAUGACUGCCAUGAAGCAACGGUUUAUGCCAGUCAUCAGUGACUUUUACAUCAACCUGGUGACAUUUUGAAUUCAGUCACAUUGAAAAGGAAAACCAUUGUGUUUUAGAUUUUCUCUUUCUUGGUUUUUGGGUUUUUUCCCGAGCCCUUCAGGGGUGGACAUGGUGGAUUCUUUCUUAAUAUUUUUCUUAAAAUGUGUUUGAUGAUGUGAAUCAUUGGGGAAAAAAACUGAACAAAUCUGCAGGGGGGUAAAUACUUUUUUAAUUCACUGCAUACUGAUAAAAAAAAAAAAUUCAAAACCUAUUUCAUUUUCCAGUUAAAAUGGUUUGAAAAUGUAAAACCUUAAGCAGAGUUAAAAAUCCAGAGGCACUUGUUAAAAACAGAUCAACUGGUUAGAAAUAAAACGGGUAGAGAAGGAUCACAAACAUGCAGGGUUAAAGGACAUAAAGCUAUUUAUGUCUACCUCAAAUGCUUUAAUAUGACUUGUUUGAGUUUAAACAAACCUCUCAAAAAACAUGGCUCAUUUAAAUGUUCUUAGGUCACCCAAAUCUUGUUUUCAUUUGACCGUUUUUGCUAUUUUACGUUACCCUAAGGUAGGAUAAAGAGGCACUCACUUUUAAUUUCAGAUUUUGAAGUGGGCCUUGAUUCGCAAUCAUCUCAAGGCUGUGAUUAUCCUGGUGGCAUGUGCUUCUUUUUCUACCCCACUUUUUCCUUCCAUUAAACUUUCCAUUUAUAGAACUCUGUGAAUAAUUACCUUCUCCAACAGUGACAGUGUAGGACUUUUUUUUCUUCAGAAUUCAUGUUGGAAAGACACUGAUGCUCUUCCUUGUGUUGUUCAUAAGUUUCUUAAAAUGAAGUUCAUCGUUCUGAAGGAGCCCUGCCCUUUUAACCUGAGGAGGGUUUGUUCAAUUGUAUCAAACUCAGGGCUUAUCUAUGCUGUAUAUACAUAUAUCAGUACCAUAUUGUUUUUGUAGGGAGUUCACCUCAGAAUCCAGCACAAAGCACAGAUUUAUUGUAACUUACUGUAAGUUAAAAAUAAUAGCUGUUGAAUGCUGCUAUAACCGCAUUAUUCAGGAAAACUUCCUCCUCCUGAUUAUUUAUUUUUGUGACGUGAAGCCACAGUCACAGUGUGGCAGAAAUGCCUGAAAAGUUGUUUUUUGUUUUUUUUCUUUUUAGUGAGAAAACUUGAACAUUUCUUUGAAGUACAUGCUAGUAGUAAAUAUUUGUGCCUUAUACUCCUGUUUGAAUGUUAUGUGAUGUUCAAGUGGUGUAGAUUGUAGUGCUUUGCUUUUAAGCCCCUCAACCAAAGGAAUUCACAGUAACCUGCUGAAUCAGACUCACGGCUGGGUUUGACCGGUUUGUACGCCAUAUAAUGUAUAUCAGCCAUGUAAAUUGAUAUGCAAAAUUAUAAUUAUUUAUAUUUUCCUGUGUGGUAUGCUGUCCAGCUUAGUUUUACUUUAGAUGAUGUUGUAAAGUUCUUACUAUAUUUGAUGGUUCUCUCUCCAAACACUGCUGGCAACAAUUGUUGUGAAUCCUGUUAAAGAUGUGUAAAAAAGCCUUAAAUUAAGUUUUUUUUGUGGUAGCUAUUCUAACACUAAAACUUUUGGAAAAAUUCUA